GGCAAGUGCACUGUACAGCUGCAAGAGCGAGAGAGAAAGCACACAGGGGAGCAGAAGAAAAAAAACCAAUUGGAGGAGCUGGAAAGCUGGGGACAAGUAGAAGAAGAGGAUACAUUUGUCCUUUUCCCCUCUCUUUAUCUCUCUGAGAUUCCUCUUUGGGAUCAAGUGGCAAUUGUUAAGCUCAAGCUGAACUUCGGCCGACUGUGCUGAAAACAUUCUCCUGCUCUUUCUCUCCACUUUCCAAAGACAGUAUAAGUGCUGGCGUGGUGACAGGAGGAGGGAAUCAGAUAUUUCAACUGAUAGACCUGGAGUGUCGGGGAAGACAGCAGGAUGCCAGCAGGGACAAGAAAGGAUGGAGUCAGGUCAGCAGGCUGUAGGAGGAUGGCAGUGGCAGUCAGCCCGGGUCUGUGGACAAUGCUGGCGUGGGCUGUCCUGGUGGGUCAGGGAGGUGUCGAAGCAUGUCCCGCUCCCUGCAGCUGCCUGGGGAACACGGUGGCCUGCAACGGCCGGGGAAUCCACUCUGUUCCCAAAAACAUUCCCAGAGGGACAGAGAGGCUAGAUCUGAACGAGAACAACCUGACUGUCAUAACUAAGACAGAUUUCUCUGGUCUUAAACACCUCAGAGCUCUUCACCUGAUGGGAAACCAGAUUAGUAACAUUGAAAGGGGAGCCUUUGAUGAGCUAAAGGAGCUGGAGAGACUUCGUCUUAACCGAAAUCAUCUCAGCCAGCUUCCAGAGCUGCUCUUUCAGAAGAAUGAAGCUUUGUCCCGACUGGAUCUGAGUGAAAAUACCAUCCAGGCCAUCCCGAGGCGAGCUUUCAGAGGAGCCACAGACCUAAAAAACCUUCAGCUGGAUAAAAACCACAUCGGCUGUAUUGAGGAGGGAGCGUUCAGAGCUCUGCGAUCCUUGGAAGUGCUCACACUGAACAACAACAACAUCAGCAGCAUCCCAGUUUCCAGUUUCAACCACAUGCCAAAACUCCGUACCUUUCGUCUCCACUCUAAUGCUCUGCGUUGUGAUUGUCACCUGGCCUGGCUGUCUCCAUGGCUACGACAGCGAUCUGCGUUGGGCCUCUACACUCAGUGCAGUUCCCCCCCUGCUCUGCGGGGCCUCAAUGUUGCAGAGCUGCGUAAGAGUGACUUUGCCUGCUCAGGCCACAGUGGCAGCGCCUUUGUUCAGCCAUGCAGUUUGGCGUCCGGGUCCUGUCCUCCUAUGUGUUCCUGUAGCAACAACAUCAUCAACUGUCGAGGAAGGGGCCUCACCGCUAUACCUGCCCACCUUCCAGAGGCCAUGACCGAAAUUCGUUUGGAACAGAAUGGGAUCAAGUCAGUUCCUCCAGGUGCCUUCACCUCCUACAAGAAACUCCGCCGAAUAGACCUGAGCAAUAACCAGAUAUCUGAGAUUGCUCCUGAUGCAUUUCACGGCCUCCGAGCUCUCAACUCACUGGUUCUGUAUGGGAAUAAAAUUACUGAGUUACCCAGUGGAGUAUUUGAUGGCUUGGUUUCUUUGGAGCUGCUAUUGCUGAAUGCAAAUAAAAUCCACUGUAUCCGUGCCACAGCAUUCAAAGACCUGGAAAACCUGGCCCUUCUAUCUCUAUAUGACAACAAGAUACAGAGUCUGGCUAAGGGAACCUUCGGCUCACUGCACAGUAUCCAGACACUCCACCUGGCCCAGAACCCCUUUGUUUGUGACUGUCAUGUGAAGUGGCUGGCUGACUUCUUGAGUUCAAACCCCAUAGAAACCAGUGGAGCUCGCUGUGCCAGCCCUCGCCGCCUCGCCAACAAACGCAUUGCUCAGAUCAAGAGCCACAAGUUCAGAUGCUCCACCAAGGAACAGUACCACAUCCCAGGUACUGACGACCGACGCCUGAGCUAUGAGUGUAACAGUAAGCCUGUAUGUCCUGCUAAAUGUCGGUGUGAGGCCAAUGUGGUGGAUUGCUCCAAUCUACGCCUCACGAAAUUCCCUGAACACCUGCCACCAUCCACUGAAGAGCUGCGUCUUAACAACAAUGAUCUGUCCAUGCUAGAGGCCACUGGAACCUUCAAAGGUCUACCACAUCUAAAGAAAAUUAACCUGAGCAACAACAAGAUUUCAGAGAUUGAGGACAGUGCGUUUGAGGGCGCCUCUUCAGUGGUGGAGCUUCACCUCACAGCCAACCACCUGGAUUCUGCACGAGGGAGUAUGUUUAAAGGCAUGGAGGGCCUGCGCAUGCUGAUGCUGAGGAACAACAGGAUUACCUGCAUCCAUAACAGCAGCUUCACAGGGCUGACCAACGUCAGGCUGCUCUCCCUCUAUGACAACCAGCUUACAACCAUCCUACCUGGGGCCUUUGACACACUGCCCAACCUGUCCACACUAAACCUCCUGGCCAAUCCGUUUAACUGUGACUGCCACCUGUCCUGGUUCGGGGCGUGGCUCAGAAGCCGUCGGAUUGUGACAGGGAAUCCUCGGUGUCAGAGCCCCGCUUUUCUUCGAGGGAUUCCUCUGCAGGACGUAGCUGUGCCUGAUUUCCGCUGCGAGGAUGGUUCUGUGCUGGAGGACAGGAGCUGUCUUGCAGGGCCUCAGUGUCCCAGCCAGUGUUCCUGUAUGGACACAGUGGUUCGGUGCAGCAACAAACAUUUGCAGGCUCUGCCCAGAGGACUGCCCCGUAACAUCACCGAACUGUACCUGGAUGGGAACCAGUUCACCAGUGUUCCUAAGGAGUUAGCCACCUUUAAGUACCUGCAACUUGUAGAUCUGAGCAACAAUAAAAUUAGCUCACUGUCCAACGACUCCUUCUCCAAUAUGAGCCAACUCACAACUCUGAUCCUCAGUUACAAUUCAUUACAGUGUAUCCCUCCUCUGGCUCUGGCUGGCUUGCGCUCCCUGAGGCUGCUCUCUCUCCAUGGCAACGACAUCUCAAAGCUGCAGCAGGGAAUCUUCAAUGACCUAGCCACCCUGUCUCACCUAGCAAUUGGAGCCAACCCUUUGUACUGUGACUGUCGGCUGCUCUGGCUAUCAGACUGGGUGAAGAGUGGGUAUAAGGAGCCUGGUAUUGCCCGCUGCACUGGCCCCCAGGGCAUGGAGGGGAAGCUGCUGCUCACCACACCUGCUGACAAGUUCCAAUGUCUGGGUCCAGUGGACAUGACGGUUCAGGCCAAAUGCAGUCCAUGUGUGUCCUCCCCUUGCCAGAACCAGGGAACCUGCCACAUCCACCAAACCCAACAGUACACCUGUGCCUGCAACACAGGCUUUACGGGUAAACACUGUGAGACCCCAAUUGAUGCUUGUGUCAGCAACCCCUGCACCAAUGGAGGAACUUGCCUAAGAGACGAGCAGACAGGAGGCUUCAGCUGCGCAUGUACAUUUGGGUUCCAUGGCACAUUUUGCGAGGUCAACGUGGACGACUGCGAGGAUCACGGAUGUGACAAUGGUGCCACCUGUGUUGAUGGAGUUGGCAACUACACCUGCUUGUGUCGUCCUAGCUACAGAGGUCUGUUUUGUGAAGAGGAGGAUGAUAUUUGCUCUUCAGGGAGAAAUCCUUGUAAGCAUCAGUCCACCUGCAUCAGCAGCCCUACAGGCCCCAGGUGUGUAUGCCUCCCAGGUUGGGUGGGACCAGACUGCAGCAUAGACUACAAUGAGUGUGUGGAUCAUCAUUGUCAGAACGCAGCCCAGUGUGUCGACCACCUGGAUGGCUACAGCUGUGUCUGCCCACAGGGAUUCAGUGGCACGUUUUGUGAGGUCCCAGAUCUUCAGCUGACACCCUGCCACCUGGCCAAGUGUAAGAAUGGCGCCGCCUGUGAAGACAAGUUGGGGACUGCAAUCUGUCAGUGUCUGCCCGGCUUUGAGGGCCAGGGUUGUGAGAAGCUGGUCAGCGUUAACUUUGUCGACAGAGAUUCUUAUGUCCAACUUCAAGAUGUGAAAAACUGGCCUCAGUCUAACAUCACAUUGCAGGUGUCAACUGCAGAAGAUAACGGCAUCUUGCUCUAUAAUGGAGACCAUGAGCCAAUCGCUGUAGAGCUCCAUCAGGGCCGUGUAAGAGUCACCUAUGACCCUGGGAACCAGCCUGCCUCUGCUAUUUACAGUGCGGAGACAGUGAACGAUGGGCUUUUCCACACGGUUGAGCUGGUGACCUUUAAUCAGAUGGUGAACUUAUCUGUGGAUGGAGGAGAGCCAACAACUCUGGACAGUCAUGGCCGCGGCCAGCUGGUGACUGGAGAGACACCACUGUAUGUGGGAGGUAUGCCCGAGGAGGUUAUACCAACUUCUAGAGGGCUCUCUUCUCAGACCCUCAACACAUCCAGUUUCCAUGGAUGCAUCAGGAACCUCUACAUAAACCAUGAGCUGCAAGAUUUUACCCGCAGCCAAAUGAAAACAGGGAUAGUGCCAGGCUGCCAACCCUGCCGCAAACUUUACUGCUUGCAUGGCAUAUGCCAACCUAAUAGUGCACAGGGUCCCCAGUGUCACUGCCAGCCAGGUUGGACAGGACAACACUGUGACCAGCCAAUCACUGUAGGCCUUAGUGGAGUGGAUGUUGUCACCAUGGCAAAUGGUAUCAACCCAUGUGAGGGCAACAAGUGUGUAAAGGGUGAGUGCAUUGUGUUGGAUGCUCAAACCUAUCGCUGUGAAUGUGAAAAGGGAUACAGAGGUACGCUGUGUAACCUUAAGGAGGAGCCUGCAGGUUCUUGCCAGAGGCUGCAGUGUCUGCAUGGCCAGUGUCAAAAGACAGAGGAUGGAGAGAGCUGUGUUUGUGAGCAGGGACAAACUGGAGAGAGCUGCAAUAUAGAGACCCCAUGUAGAGGUGAGCCAGUUAGAGACUACCACCAACUGCAGCGUGGCACUGUUCUCUGCCAGACAUCAAAACCGUUCUCCUGGGUUCAAUGUCAGGGUCACUGCCGAGCUGAAGCCAAGCGGGAUGUCGCCGCUGCCUCCUGCUGCGCCCCUCUGAGGGUCCGGCGGCGGCGGAUUACCUUCGAAUGCGACGACGGGACCUCGUUUACACAGGAUGUGGAAAAGCCUGUGGAAUGUGGCUGCAAGGAGUGUUUGUAGUACCGUGAAAGGGAAGUGCACACAUACCCACAUGUAGCUGCACACAGUUUGAAAUCCAGUACCCAAACCCAGCUCCAGAGGUAUACUCGCCGUAGGAUUCUACCAUACAUUUUGAGUGUUUUUUUUUUUUUUGUAAUUUGCACACAGAGGCAGUUUUGUAACAUAAGACAUUUCCUCAUCAACGAGUCAACCUCAUCGUCAUGCUCCUCCUCUUUGCCUGCAGUAGCAGAACCUGUGUUCUAACUCCCUAACUCUCACACAUUAAUAAUACAUGUAUGUGUGAGAGGUAAAGUCCUGCUCUCCAUUAUGCAAACACACACCUGAUUAAAUUGGUUUGUAUUACUGGUGUUAAGGAUCAGUAAAGUGUCAUUGUUUACCAGUGUUUCUUGCAUUCUCUUCACAAUUUAUCUGCAGUGUGAAUGUAAGCAUCAAGUGUCCAGCUUGUUAUCCUUCAAGAUGUGAGUGAAUAUGUUCAUUAGCAGCAGGUUUUGUGUGGUAUUACACAUAACAACGGUGCAGAUGAGUUUAUGUAACACUGAAAUUUAAUUGCUGGCAUCUGUCUGACAUUAUUUGGUGAAAUUAGCAAGAAGUCAGACAGACAGAAUGUGCUGUGGGCAAAAUCUGUCUUGUUACCCAGAGAUGUUUCGAACAUCUGUCUUUUGCUCAAAACAUGUUGUUUCUCCGCUCAGUUCAGUUUAGGAAGCAGCAGACAAUUAUCUGAAGAUAUAGUGGUGGAAAAAUGUUGUUGCCAGACUACGCAGCCACACUCAGACUGUAAAUCAUGGUCUUUUAUUCAAAGCCAAUGUGUUCUUCACUGAGGCAGUUGGUAUGGCUGAAUUAGAAAGGAAGUAGAUCAGAGUCCACUUUCUACACAGUAGGGAUGAGAGACCAACCUCCUUGAGGAGAAACAUUAAACAAAGCUGAAGUAGAUCACACAUUUUUUUAAUGGUCUACCUUACAUUAGAAAUAAACAUGUUUACAGCAUGGUAUAUUAACUGUUUCUGUGUUCGUAAUUAUUUUGUCCUUGCAUGACCGCAGAAUACCAAUACAUUCUUAAACAACACACCAGAAUGAAUGAUCAUGCAAGGGGCCAUGAUGCAUUCAAGAUCACAGAUCAAUAUUCUAUUGGCCAUAUGCUGACCUUGAGGCUUCUAAGUGUCAGUUUACAAGAUGGUGACUGCGUCUAAGGUCCUAUGUUGGACAGGCUAUAUAGACACACUUUUCCUACCAAACAGUAACAGCAUGCCAUCAUGUAUAUUACUGAAUACCUGAUUGAGUUACCACUCUUACAUAAACAAUCACUUCUAGCUAUAGCUAAGGCCCAUUAAAGGUUUGGGUUCUGAAAGUAGUGCUGAUUAAAGCCGAUUUCUCUUUAAGAACUAAAAUAUAAGAAAGCGAUUCAAGUAUAUUUUUCAGCCUUACUGUUGUGAACAUUAAUUAUUUAUAUUAGGAGCAGAGGAAAAGUCAGGUCUCCUGUAUGAGAGAGACCAGGCACUAUAAAACAGGGUUUAAAGACAAAAUCACUAAGGUGACAUUUUAAACUGUUUUUAGCUAAUCGUAGCAAUUAGAGCAGCUGGCAAGGUUACUAAACUGUAGUCUAUAUGUGCUCCCAGCAUUAAUGUAGAUUCUUACCUCUACUCUGUUAUUUUCAAAAGACCAACAUUUCCAAAUCCAGCAUGUUCUAUUACAGAAAAAGGUUAAAAAUUUCAACAGAUAAAAUAGAGCAACUUUGUUAUAAUCCCUUCAGCCUAUCUGAUAGCCUGAAUAAACCACGGACAUGUCUCAACAUGUUGCAGAAAACAUUUUCCUUUUAAACAGCUUUUUACACCUCUGUGCUUCCUCUGACUUAAUUGACACUAAUAAUAGCUAACUUUUAGUCUUCUUCACUGUGUAACAGCUUCCACACCAAAGAGUGUUGUUGACAGUGUGAAAUGCUGGCGCUUACAUAUGAGGUGCUCCGAAAAGGUUGGAUUGGAUUGUAGAGUUUCCAGUCAGGGCCAAUUAAACUGACAAUGGUCCCAUUCUCUGUUUUCCCACAUCGAUAUGAAACUAAAACAUGAACCCAGAAAUUUAAAUAAUAAAAAGAAGUUUAGCAUGAGCUAAACUGUGUACAUCAGGGGUCUCAAACCCGUGUCCUGCAGGCCGAUAUUUUGUGGCCCUUACCUUGAUAUGAAAGUUUAUUGUUAGUGUGGCCCACGAGAUUUUAUGAAUGGCCCUUUACAGCAUUGUGUGUGGAGGUCCCUUUAUUGUGCAAACUAGAGCUGAAUGAACCUUCCAGUCAUAGAAGGGUAUAUGGCGGGCCAUUGGCUGGUCUUGAAGCAAGAGAAGACUCAUUUCACAAUUCCAAUGUUCCGUUGACAAUGUCACUGAGGGGAGUGGACCUCCAACGGAGCAACUCAGCCAUCUCUACCCGCCUUGUUAUACAGGUCCUUCUCAAAAUAUUAGCAUAUUGUGAUAAAGUUCAUUA